AUUCUAAGACACUUCAGACACUUCAGACAGUUUUACUGAUCAGACAGAGCAUGAAGAAUCCCACUUAAUGAUGACUGCGUAUUUCAGUAAGGAGGCCUGGGAGAGGCAUGUGGACGCCAGGCUUCACAAAGCAGCAUGCAAAAUGGACAACAAAAUGGCUGCCUUCACAGAGAAGAUGAACGCACAACUGACGGACAUGGACACAGAGCUGUAUGGAAACCUGGAGAACACGUUUUCCCGCCUGAAGGCAUCAGUUCUACCUCCUCACAUAGCCAAAGAGAACCCGCCAUGUGUUAAUGUUGGAUGUCUGCAGGCGGACACCAAACAAAUACCGGAUGAUAGGGGGUGGGAGAUAAUGACAGACAGCAAAUAUCAGGCAGAAAAGCUUAAAAAUGAUGUGGAAAAACUAAGAUGGAAUUUGGGCGAGGAACUUGAAAGGAAACAUAUAACAAAAGAAGGUCACAUCAAAAUGAAAGAAGCUAAAAUGGAGAUGGACAGACUAGCAAAGAGAAACACACCUGAUGCAGUGGUUCUAAAAACAAAAACUGACAUUUUAAAACAUAUUCAAAACGACAUAGAGAAACUAUCUAAGGAGAGAGACCAACUAGUGGAUCUUCUAAAAGACCUCACAGUGUCUACUGAAAAUCAAGAAAUGGAAUUGCAAGAACAGGAGAGAAAAUUAAAAGGUGUCGAGACACAGCGAAAGAGGGAAGAGCGUCUACUUAAAGAUUUGACAAUGGCCAACAAAAAAGGAAAGAUGACGCAUGAGGAGAUACAAAGGGAAAUUAAGAACUCUGAAAAAAAGAAGCAAAACGAGGAGAACAGAGUAAAAGAUCUUGAAACUCAACAAAGCAAGACGGAGGUUCACUUGCAUGAGUUGAUGGUGCGCUUAAAAGAAGCCACGGCAGAGUUGAAGACAAAGAGAGAAAAAUGAGGGAGGCGGAAAUGAAAAUGCAAGAAAAGGAGAGAGAAUCAAAAGGUCUUGAGACACAGCGAGAUAAGGAGGAGCGUCUACUUAAAGAUUUGACAAUGGCCAACAAAAAAGCAAUGAUGAAGUUUGAGGAGAUACAAAAGGCAAUUAAGAACGCAGAAAUAAAAAAGAACCAGGUGUUGUUGGAGACACAUAAACAAGAGGGCCUGCUCAAUGAUCUUAUAAUGGCUUCUGAAGUGGAGAAAAUAAAACUACAAGAUGGGGAGAACGGAGUAAAAGAUCUCGAAACUCAACGAAGCAAGGAGGUUUGCCUGCGUGAGUUGAUGGUGCGCAUCGAAGAAGCCACUGCAGAGUUAAAAGACAAGGAAAGAAAAAUGAGGGAUGGGGAAAUGAAAAUGCAAGAAAAAGAGAGAGAAUUAAAAGGUCUCGAAAUACAGCGAAAAAAAUCAAUGAUGGCGCUUGAGGAAAUACAAAGGAAAUUUAAGAACGCUGAAAGAAAUAAGCAGCAGGUGUUGUUGGAGAUACAUAAAAUAGUGAGCCAGGUCAAUGAUCUUGUAAUGGCUUCUAAAAAGGAGAAAAUAAAACUACAAUAUGAGGAGAACAGAGUAAAAGAUCUCGAAACUCAACGAAGCAAGACCGAGGUUCACUUGCAUGAGUUGAUGGUGCGCUUAAAAGAAGCCACGGCAGAGUUGAAAGACAAAGAGAGAAAAAUGAGGGAGGCGGAAAUGAAAAUGCAAGAAAAGGAGAGAGAAUCAAAAGGUCUUGAGACACAGCGAGAUAAGGAGGAGCGUCUACUUAAAGAUUUGACAAUGGCCAACAAAAAAGCAAUGAUGACGUUUGAGGAGAUACAAAGGGGAAUUAAGAACGCAGAAAUAAAAAAGCAACAGGUGUUGUUGGAGACACAUAAACAAGAGGGCCUGCUCAAUGAUCUUGUAAUGGCUUCUAAAAAGGAGAAAAUAAAACUACAAGAUGGGGAGAACAGAGUAAAAGAUAUCGAAACUCAACGAAGGAAGGAGGAGGUGUGCCUGCGUGAGUUGAUGGUGCACAUCGAAGAAGCCACUGCAGAAUUAAAAGACAAGGAGAGAAAAAUGAGGGAUGGGGAAAUUAAAAUGCAAGAAAAAGAGAGAGAAUUAAAUGGUCUCGAAAUACAGCGAAAAAAAGGAAUGAUGGCGCUUGAGGAAAUACAAAGGGAAUUUAAGAACGCUGAAAAAAAAAAGCAACAGGUGUUGUUGGAGAUAAUAAAACUACAAAAUAGGGAGAACGGAGUAAAAGAUAUCGAAACUCAACGAAGGAAGGAGGAGGUGUGCCUGCGUGAGUUGAUGGUGCGCAUCGAAGAAGCCACUGCAGAGUUAAAAGACAAGGAGAGAAAAAUGAGGGAUGGGGAAAUUAAAAUGCAAGAAAAAGAGAGAGAAUUAAAAGGUCUCGAAAUACAGCGAAAAAAAGGAAUGAUGGCGCUUGAGGAAAUACAAAGGGAAUUUAAGAACGCUGAAAAAAAAAAGCAACAGGUGUUGUUGGAGACACAUAAACAAGAGGGCCUGCUCAAUGAUCUUGAAAUGGCUUCUGAAGUGGAGAAUAUAAAACUACAAGAUAGGGAGAACAGAGUAAAAUAUCUUGGAACUCAACGAAGGAAGGAGGAGGUUGGCCAGCAUGAGUUGAUGGUGUGCUUAAAAGAAAUCACAUCAAAGGAAGAGGAUGGAGAGAGAGAAAUGAGGGAUGAAAGGACAGAAAAAACUAAAUCAGAGAUGGAACACUGUACUACAUUGAAAAGGUUGAAACAUAAAAUGCAAGAAUUUGAGAGACAAAUAGAAGACCUGGACACUAAUCAACAGAAGGAGGACCACCUCAGAGAGCAAACCAUGAUUAUCAGGGAAAUGGAGCGAAAAAGACAACAGUUGGACAGAGAGAUAAAGAGAUUAGAAGCCAGAUUGAGAGUGCUGCGCAGAGUGAAUGAAGAAGAAAAGAAGGGACAAAAUCUGGAAAAAUACAGGAGGAAAGAAGUAGAGAAAGACAUCAGGGAGGUUGAGUGGUUCUGUGACAGGGAGCAAGGGCUUGGAGAAGAACAGAGAGGAGACAGUAUGGCUGGUGGGGAAACUGAGAAAGUAGAGUUAAAAAUGAAGCAAAAGAAAAUGAGAAGACAGAAACAGGAGGCAGAUUUGCUGGAGCAUCAUAAGCAAAUAAGGGCGGAAUAUCAGGAAUUUAAUAACAAAGAGGAGGAGGUGAAGAAGGAAGCGAAACAGCCCAAUGCUGAAUGGUCAAAUGAAUACAAGGCUGACUGUCAAGAAAAAAAAGUUAAGUGCAAAGGCACUAAAAGACAAAUUAACGCAGGGGAGAAUUUGGGAGGAGAAGAAUUUCAGGGAAAACAAAUGGAAGAUGACAGAGAGAACAUAUGUACUGAGAAGGAGCAGAUAUCAGAAAAAACAACACAAGCAGAGCUGAAAAUUGAGAGGAUGAAGAAAGAGAGGAUGGCUGUACAGGAAGAGGGGAGGAGGGUGCUACACAUUCAACAACAAGAAAUGGGUGGAAAGUAUGAGGAGGAACAGGUUAAACAUUUUCAUAACAAUGAGGUGCAGGGAGAACCAGAACAGAAAAACUUGCUUGAGCCAGAAAUGUCCAGGAUAGUAGAGGAAGGAAAAUGUGAAGACCCUCAAAGCCCAGUAAAGAUAGAAAAGAGAUUGGCGGAGAAGGAAAAGUAUGACUUGCCACAAAUCAAUGCAGAGGAGGAGGAGGACCAAGAGGAGGAGCAGGAGCCGUUGUCAAUUCCUGCUAAGUGCAAAGACUUUUCCAUCUUCUGCGCAAUGGGGACUGCUGCAGCCCCGGCAGCUACAGCAGCAGCUGCUUCAAAACAGCAGCAGCAGCAGCAGCAGACACAACAGUUGGAAAGAGAUAUAAAGAGAGAAGAAGCCGGAAUGAGAGAGCAAAUAAGGAAGCAAAUAAAGGCGGAAUAUCAGGAAUUUAAUAACAAAGAGGUGGAGGUGAAGAGGGAACCUACAGCACCAGCUGCUUCAAAACAGCACCAGCAGCAGCAACAGCAUCCGCAGCAGACACAGUUGGACAGAGAGAUAAAGAGAGAAGAAGCCAGAAUGAGAGAGCAAAUGAGGAAGCAAAUAAGGGCGGAAUAUCAGGAAGUUAAGGAAAAGUAUGACUUGCCACAAAUCCAUGCAGAGGGAAAAAUGGGAGCAAGACAGAAGAUGGAGAUGAAAAAGGAAGACCAGUGUGUUAUGCCAGAACAGGAUGAGCAGAUAUCAGAGAUCAAUAUGGAAACUGCUGACAUAGAAACAGAGGAGAGAGAAGAAGAGAUGAUUAGUCAAUUGGAGGACAGCAACAAAUCACUAGAACUUGACAAGGAGGGGGUGGAGAAGCUGAAUGCAGAGGAAAAUAAGCAACAUGAGAACAAGAAAGAUCUUAAAAUGUCAAGUGAAGGUGAGAACAAAAUGAAACCUAAAGAGACACAGGGCCAGGCAAAUAGAGAAAAGAAACAGGGAGAGAAGAAGAAUGUGAGUUUCACAGACGCUCUUGAGAAAGGAAAAGUUGAAAUGGCGGAGGAGGACAAAAAAGAGAAGAAAAAUAAGAAACAGAAAGGAUCCUUCCUUGGCUCCCUCAUUAAAAAAGCCAAGGACUGGCACUCACAAGAAUCAGAGCACCAGAGGAAACAACUGCAACAGAAGCAGCAGCACCAACAGGAGAUGCUGCAGCAGCAGGAACAACAGCAGCAGCAGCAGGAACAACAGCAACAGCAGCAGCAGCAGCAGCAGCAACAACAGCAGCAGCAUCAGGAGGAGGAGCAGCAGCAGGAGGAGGAGGACCAAAAGGAGGAGCAGGAGCCAUUGCCAACUCCUGCAAAGUGCAAAGACUUUUCCAUCUUCUGCGCAAUGGGGACUGCUGCAGCCCCGGCAGCUACAGCACCAGCUGCUUCAAAACAGCACCAGCAGCAGCAGCAGCAGCAGACACAACAGUUGGACAGAGAGAUAAAGAGAGAAGAAGCCAGAAUGAGAGAGCAAAAAAGAAAGCAAAUAUAUAAAUUGGAAUAUCAGAAAUUUAUUAACAAAGAGGAGGAGGUGAAGAGGGAACCUACAGCACCAGCUGCUUCAAAACAGCACCAGCAGCAGCAGCAGCAGCAGCAGCAGACACAACAGUUGGACAGAGAGAUAAAGAGAGAAGAAGCCAGAAUGAGAGAGCAAAUAAGGAAGCAAAUAAGUGCGGAAUAUCAGGAAUUUAAGGAAAAGUAUGACUUGCCACAAAUCCAUGCAGAGGGAAAAAUGGGAGCAACACAGAAGAUGGAGAUGAAAAAGGAAGACCAGUGUGUUAUGGCAGAACAGGAUGAGCAGAUAUCAGAGAACAAUAUGGAAACUGCUGACAUAGAAACAGAGGAGAGAGAAGAAGAGAUGAUUAGUCAAUUGGAGGACAGCAACAAAUCACUAGAACUUGACAAGGAGGGGGUGGAGAAGCUGAAUGCAGAGGAAAAUAAGCAACAUGACAAAAAGAAAGAUCUUAAAAUGUCAAGUGAAGGUGAGAACACAGAGACACAGGGCCAGGCAAAUAGAGAAAAGAAACAGGGAGAGAAGAAGAAUGUGAGUUUCACAGACGCUCUUGAGAAAGGAAAAGUUGAAAUGGCGGACAAAAAAGAGAAGAAAAAUAAGAAACAGAAAGGAUCCUUCAUUGGCUCCCUCAUUAAAAAAGCCAAGGACUGGCACUCACAAGAAUCAGAGCACCAGAGGAAACAACUGCAAAAGAAGCAGCAGCACCAACAGGAGCUGCUGCAGCAGCAGGAACAACAACAGCAGCAGCAGGAACAACAGCAGCAGCAGCAACAACAACAGCAGCAUCAGGAGGAGGAGCAGCAGCAGGAGGAGGAGGACCAAGAGGAGGAGCAGGAGCCAUUGCCAACUCCUGCAAAGUGCAAAGACUUUUCCAUCUUUUGCACUGCUUCAAAGCAGCAGGAGGAGGAGCAGAAGCCUUUGGCAACUCAUAUUAACAAGUGCAAAGACUUUUCCAUCUUUUGCACUGCUUCAAAGCAGCAGCAGCAGCAGCAGAAGCAGCAGCAACAACAACAGCAGCAUCAGGAGGAGGAGCAGCAGCAGGAGGAGGAGGACCAAGAGGAGGAGCAGGAGCCAUUGCCAACUCCUGCAAAGUGCAAAGACUUUUCCAUCUUUUGCACUGCUUCAAAGCAGCAGGAGGAGGAGCAGAAGCCUUUGGCAACUCAUAUUAACAAGUGCAAAGACUUUUCCAUCUUUUGCACUGCUUCAAAGCAGCAGCAGCAGCAGCAGCAGCAGAAGAUGCAGCAGCAGCAGAGAUAUAAAUGAGGAACACAAUAUGUCUUGCUCUCUGUAACAAAUUGUUCCAGAAUCGCGGCUGUGGUCUUCUAAUAAUUGUAGCUGUGGUUUUAUUGACAAUGUUCUUUGUGUAUUGUUUUUUUCACUUUUUUAUUUUGUUUUGGGAAGUUGGCAAGCUGUCUAAUUGUCUACAAUCUUGUCCUGGUGUUGGGGGGUGGGGUCAAUUACCUGCAAUGAGAUCAGACCAAUUUAGCCAAACUAAGUAGGAUCACCUGUGAAUGUCAAGUCUUGAAAUGUGUGUCUCUCUCUUGCUAUCAUUUGACCCUGAAGAAGGUGUAGCAACACAGAAACGUUGGUCGCGUGUGUGCACAAAAUAAAGUCUUGAAAACUAA